UAGUGAUCUGCCCGCAACCCUCAGGUUUGCCGCCAUCGCUUCCGCAUCAACAUUCUUUUUUCCUCCCAUUCCUUCAUUAUGCUACCGUUCGUCGCAGUGCUAUCUGCCAUUAUUUAUGCACGCCAUGUGUCCGCUCUGACGACGAUGUUCAUCCCUGGCUUUGACCCUCAGCCCGUGACCGUCAACCUCCUGGGUAGCCAGGGUGGCUUGACAUCAUAUGUCAUCGCCCCAGGCGCGUCCAGCGCUGGCAUGGACACGGACGACAGCGAAUUGUUUGGUCCUGCCACGCUUGUCCUGGGCGCGAGCACCGCUGCACUCACGUACAUCGACGAAAACAUCGGGAUUGCCGCGUACGAGAGCUGUCAGUUGUCCGACGGAGAGACGGUAUGCGAGGAGGUUGUCAUUGCGAUGGGCGCCGACGGGUACACCACAACAGCGACGGGAACACUGCCCAUCGAAUCGUUCGCUGUGCAAGGGGGCGGCCCCGCUACAGGCAGCAACGCCAUACAGACCUCGCCCGUCCCAACCGGUGAUUUCGCGACUUGGACCGGGCCCCCUUCGGCUAGCUCGGCGCCCUCCGGCUCCGAGUCGUCUUCCAACGCCGUCUCGAAGACAUCCGCAUCGACGACUGCCACCCCGACCGGAAACACCAGCGGCGCGCUGAGCCUGAGCCUUCGCACUUCCGGCCGCAUCACCUUGAGCAUUGCGGGGUUGGUUAGUGCUUUCGUCGUGGUUGCUUGAGGAUAGAUGCGGCGUUUGGCUCGUCUGAUAUAUCUUGUGACUGUUGUUGUGCGCAUUAGUUCUUGGCUCAACGCGGAUGGGCAGCCCUGCUGCAUUCACAGGUACGGUACCCGUAUAUGAUUCCCGCCACAUCAAUAAAUCAGCUGGUCCGCAUAUCGCGCAUCGUGCUCCUGACCAUGCGCCUUGAAUGCGCCCGUAAAGACACCCUUGUCUUGCCGCGCCAGUGCUAGCCGAGAAAAGGAAACUGUGUACGCAAGGCACGUCGAAGCGGAUAACUGCUGAUCGAGGCCGAACUCCCCACACGGCCAGCAGAAGCCGACCCGACGAUCGUCGCCAGGGCCCGAGACGUGUGGCGCCCGCCGGCGUCGGUAUUUCCACAUUUUAGGUUUUGC